CGUCUGGGCAGGGGAAAACCUCAGUGACCAUUCGAGGGAAGGUUCGUCCUGCACCCCUCUCCAUGCCUGGCAACUAACGCAACCCACUCGGGGGAGCGGCUCUUCCCCAGCACCGACUUGGAUUUACUGCUUGGGGGGCUGGGGAUCUUUGCUGAUCUACUAUCUCUGUAUUUUUGGACGCUGGACGCCAUGUUGUGGAAACUAGCCGAUAAUGUCAAAUAUGAAGAGGACUGUGAGGACCGGCACGACGGGAGCAGCAAUGGGAACCAGCGGCUCCCCCAACUACCCAGCCGCCGGCAGCACUUGGCCAUUGGGGCCCGUGCUGCCUUCUGCCAGAACGUGGAAGAUCAACACUUACUAAUGCACGACCAGACAGUGAUUAGAAAAGGUCCCAUUUCACUAACAAAAAACAGCUCACUGAGUUUGCCCUGCCAAAAGGACGGCUUAAUUGGAGUGGUGAUAAAUCCCAAUGAAGUGUUUUGCUCUGUGCCGGGGAGACUUUCUCUGUUGAGUUCCACAUCGAAAUAUAAAGUGACAGUAGCAGAGGUUCAAAGACGGCUCUCACCUCCAGAAUGUUUAAAUGCCUCCUUGCUAGGAGGAGUACUCAGAAGAGCCAAAUCUAAAAAUGGUGGCAGAUCAUUAAGGGAAAAACUGGAUAAAAUUGGCUUGAAUCUUCCAGCUGGUAGAAGGAAAGCUGCAAAUGUGACAUUAUUAACAUCUUUGGUAGAAGGUGAAGCUGUGCAUCUUGCUCGUGACUUUGCUUAUGUUUGUGAGACAGAGUUUCCUUCCAAAGCAGUGGCUGAAUAUUUAACCAGACCGCACUUGGGCCGUAAUGAAAUGGCUAACCGGAAAAAUAUGCUUCUUGCUGCAAAGCAGAUAUGUAAGGAAUUCACAGACCUCCUCACUCAGGAUCGAACUCCCCUUGGAAACACUAGACCUAGUCCAAUCUUGGACCCUGGCAUCCAGGGCUGUUUGACUCACUUUAGCCUGAUCACGCAUGGCUUUGGGAGUGCUGCCAUCUGUGCUGCCAUGACAUCCGUCCAAAACUACCUAAACGAAGCAUUAAAAAUAGCAGACAAAACAUAUAUGAACACAACAAAAACAUUGAUAAAAUGGAUAAGCACAGGAAGUAAGAAGGAAACCAGACUUUCAGCCUGUUCUUCCAAAACACAGACUGGGAUCUUCUUGCCUACGAGGCAUGUAGAAAUUUUGUUAGUUUCCUCUUCCUUCCUCUUUUAA